AUCCGUGUCUCCUCCACUGACGCCGAUGAACAUCAUUUCAACUCCACAAUGAAACUUUUGCCCAGCCGCUUACUCGUUACGUGUCUCUUUUUCCCAUUGACCAACGCCCAAAAUGGACUUACAGGCCUCCCAACUAAGACAUAUGACCCAGUCUGCGCAAUGGCCUGCGUGCGGUCUCUGUAUACGCUUACCUUGUCGUGUUCUACGGGUGGAGGCUCCCUUGGCAUGACCGAACUCACCACUUCACCGGGAUGUUGGGCGACCAAUGACGACUAUCUCACGAGCUUGGCAUAUUGCAUGCGCUCUCACUGCCCAGCCUCAGAAUUCUCAGAUUCAAAGUUGGAAAGUUUCUGGGAACUCCAGGCCACUGGGCAAACCAACGCCGGCGUUCAGUCUGUUCCCGCCAAAUGGUCCUUCGCUCAAGCCCUCGCCCACGCAUCCUCCAAACCCACCUUCACGCUAUCUUCCGACGCGACUGUUUUGAACCAGACCUCUCUAGUCAACCCCUCGACUUAUACUUCGCAAUACAAUGUCCUGUACGGCGUGCAGCGCGAAACAUCGUUUGAAAACUUGUCGGGGCAAGUAUUGACCCCUGACCACAAUCUCCUUGAGGGGUUGCUAACAUUGCGUUUCCUCCAACAGAGUCAUCAUUCUUUGUUUCGGUUUUGCAGUUCCGAUAUUGCUCACGUGGCUCCAGCUACUCCCCUUCAUCGGUAGA